AUGCCUCGCUCCCCGCUGCCUCGCUCCGCCAUUGGCCGCCUGGGGAAGCGCUCAGCGGCGUCUCCUGAUUGGCUGUCGCCGCGGAGGGUCCCGGUGUGUCCCGGUGUGUCCCGGUGUGUCCCGGUGUGUCCCGGUGCGUCGCGGUGCGUCGCGGUGGGAUCGGUUUGGCCAGCGCCGGCUCCCGGAGAGGCGGGGGCGGGAGGUUCCGUGGGCAGGGGAAGAGUCGCGGUGUGUCCCGGUUCAUCCCGGCGUGUCCCGGUGUGUCCCGGUUCGUCCCGGCGUGUCCCGUCUCACCCGCGGCCCGGUGCCGCUCCCGCAGGCAGCGGCCGGAGCGAGCCCCGGGCCGUGGUGGGGCGCGUCGGGGGCAGCGCGGUGCUGGGCUGCGGGCUCCUGGGCGCACACGAGGCGCGCCCGCCGCUCUACGUGAUCGAGUGGGUCCGCUUCGGCUUCGUCCUCCCCAUCUUCAUCAAGUUCGGGCUCUACUCGCCGCGCGUGGACCCCGAGUACGCGGGCCGUGUGCGGCUGGAGGAAGGUGCCUCGCUGCGCCUGGACCUGCUGCGUGCCGAGGACCAGGGCUGGUACGAGUGCCGGGUGCUCUUCCUCGACCGGCACAGCACCGACGCCGACUUCCAGAACGGCACCUGGAUCCACCUCACCGUCAACGCACCUCCCACCUUCCUGGAGACGCCCCCUGCGUUCGUAGAGGUGCGGGACCAGGCUGCACUGAGCCUCACCUGCAGGGCUGUCGGCAACCCCCAGCCUGUUGUCACCUGGAAGAGGAGUGACCUGCCUGUCCAGAGCGGGGACACGGUGCAGCUGGUGCCACUGCAGGUGAGCAACGGGACGCUGAACAUUGCCACCGUGGAACGUGCCAGCGCGGGCACCUACACGUGCCACGCCUCCAGCAAGGAGGGCACCGUCACCCACACCACCCGUGUGCUCGUGCAGGGGCCACCCAUCAUCGUGGUGCCACCGCAGAACGUCACCGUCAACAUCUCCCAAGAUGCCUUUUUGGCGUGCCAGGCUGAGGCAUACCCAGGGAACCUCACCUACACCUGGUUCCAGGGCAGCAGCAACGUCUUCCACCUCAGCCACCUCCAGGCUCGGGUCCGUGUCCUGGUGGACGGGAGUCUCCUGCUGCAGCGAACGACCCCGGACGACGCUGGGAAAUACACCUGCACCCCCAGCAACGGGCUCUGGAAGCCACCUUCUGCCUCAGCCUUCGUCACAGUGCUCUACCCAGCGCAGGUGACCACCAUGCUCCCGGAGACUCACCUGCCCAAGGGCAUGCGGGGCGUGAUCCGCUGCCCCUCCAGGGCCAACCCCCCCCUGCUCUCCGUCACCUGGACCAGGGACGGGCGCCCGCUGGAGCUGGACAAGCUCCCCGGCUGGUCCGUGCGGCCCGACGGCUCCAUCGUCAUCGCCACGGGCAACGACGAUGCUCUGGGGCUGUACCGCUGCACGCCCUACAACAGCUACGGCACGGCCGGCGAGUCCCGGCCCACCCGCGUCCUGCUGAAGGACCCUCCUGCCUUCACGGUGCGGCCCAAGGAGGAAUAUUUCCAGGAGGUGGGCCGGGAGCUGGUGAUCCCCUGUGUGGCUCGUGGGGAUCCCCCACCCACCAUCACCUGGGUGAAGGUGGGCAGCGUGGGGAAGAGCAGUGCCCAGGUGGAUGGCAACAGCAGCCUCGUCCUCCACCCCCUCAUCAAGGAGCAGCAUGGAGUCUGGGAAUGCAGGGCCACCAACCAGGUGGCCAGUGUCACCACUGCCACCUCUGUCCACGUACUGGGUACCAGUCCCCACGCUGUCACCAACGUCUCUGUGCUCCCACUGCUGCUGGCAGCCAACAUCUCCUGGGAGCCAGGCUUUGAUGGAGGCUACUUCCAGAGGUUCAGCGUCUGGUACACCCCUCUGGUGAGGUACCCACCGCGGGCACACCACGACUGGGUGUCACUGUCGGUGCCAGCGGGGGCUCAGCACCUUCUGGUGGAGAACCUGCAGCCAGACACCAGUUACCAGUUCAGCGUCCUGGCCCAGAACAAGCUGGGCAGUGGCCCCUUCAGCCAGAUCGUCACCUCCGUGCCCAGGGGUGAGGGCAGCUCCUCAAAACACCCCCGGUGCCCCCGUUCCCGCCUCGUGCCAACCUCUGCUUUCUCCCCAGGCUUCCCAGUGACCACAGUGCCUCCGGAGCCACCAGCCAUGACCGUGCACGUCUUCCUGUCCCCACCCCGGGCUCUGAGGGCCAACGAGACCGUGCGGGGGGUUCUGCUGCGCUGGGACCCCCCUGCCCGUGCCUCGGUGGCCCCGAGCGGGUACGCGCUGGAGCUGCGGCAGGACAAGGGCGGCUGGGAGGUGCUGGAGCGCUCCAUCCCCGGCACUGACACCCAGGUGCUGGUGCCAGGGCUCAUCAAGGACGCCUUCUACGAGUUCCGACUGGUGGCCUUUGCUGGCAGCUACAUCAGCGACCCCAGCAACACGGUGAACGUGUCCACGGCAGGGAUGGAGGUGUACCCGUCCCGCACGCAGCUGCCCGAGCUGCUGCCACAGCCGGUGCUGGCGGGGGUCAUCGGGGGGAUCUGCUUCCUCAGCGUGGCCGUCAUCUUCAGCACCAUGGCCGCCUGCAUCAUGAACCGGCGCCGCGCCGCGCGCGUCCGCAAGCGCCGCCAAGAUCCACCACUCGUCUUCUCCCCCAGCAAGAAGCUUCCACCUCUACACAAUGCUCGUGGCCCUGGUAGCCCUGCCAGCACGCUGAGGCUGAAGCUGCAGCCGUCGCCGUGCCGGAGCCUGCACCGGAGCCUGCUGUGGGGCGAGAAAGCCGGCACCAGCCUGGGGCUGAGCAUCGCCGGCUCCCGCUACCCCGCCUACGAGAGCCAGGGCCGGGAGCACGUCCCGCUGGAGCGCAUCUGCCGCGGCCCCGACGGCCGCUUCGUGCUGGACACCGAGCCGCGGCCGGAGCCGGAGCCUCCGCGGGACCCCCUGCAGCCCUACCGCCAGCUGCCCGCCGAGGAGGACGAGGAGGAUGAGGAGGAAGAGGAAGACGACGAGCCCGUGUGGCACAGGGGGGUCUCGCUGCGCCCCCAGCCCGCGGGGCAGCCCCGCCGGGGCGCCCGCGCCUCCGGUCACCGGCACGGCCGCUACUUCGGCUACGGCAGCAGCAGCCCCGUGGACGAGACCGUGGCGUUGAGCAUCACCGACGUCAGCCCCGUGGCCUCUGCCGCCGCCACCCUGCCUUACAGCGCCGUCCCGGAGCCCCCCCGGCCCCGCCGCGGCCCCCCCUGGGACUCACCGCCCCGCCGGGGCUCCCCCCAGCCGGCCAGCAGCCCCCCGGUGUCCCCCGGCCCCCCGGCCAUCAGCGGCAUCCUGCAGUACCUCAGCCUGCCCUUCUUCAAGGAGAUGUGUGUGGACGGCGACUGGCCCCCCCCGGAGGAGCAGGGGGAGCCCCCCAAUGCCGGCGCCGCCCCGGAGCCCCCCGCCAGCCCCCCGCGCUCGGGGCGGACGCUGUGCCCGGACUGCAUCGACACAAGUGCCAACGCCACCUCCCCUCCCGCCACCGCCGCGUUCCUUGAGCCCCCCCGGCUGCCCGUGGGCCCCGCCAAGGCCUCUCUGCCCGGCUCCCCCUCCUGGCCCCGCUCCCCCAGCCCCGGGCCGCCCCCCCAGCCGGCCCCACAUCUCCGGACUGAGGCCCCGGGGCGGCCGCCGGACGCCGCAGCCCCGGAGAAGCUCCCGCGGGGCAGCCUGACCAGCCAGAGCAGCGGCCGGGGCAGCGGCUCCUUCCUGCGGCCCCCCUCGCUGGCACCGUCCUUGGGGGGCACCUUCCUGGGCACCCCCGUCGGGGACGGGGGCAGCUGGCACAGUGGGGGCUCGGCAGCGGAGGAGGGACGGGGCAGGACGGAUGCUGGCGCCGGGAAGAGGAGGAACACCUCGGUGGACGAGAACUACGAGUGGGACGCGGAGUUCGCGCUGGAGUCGGAGCUCCUGGAGGCGCUGCAGCUUUACCGGGGCGCGGCCCCGGCCCGGCCCGGCUCCUCCAUCGCCCUGCGGGACCUGCAGCGGCACCAGCCCGGCUCGGCCCCGGUGAGCUCGGUGUCGGCGGAGGCGUUGGGAACGGGGGGUCCCCAGGAGCGCGGCCAGACGCCCCGUCCCGAGGGGUUGGGGGCGCGGCGCCGCAGGGAGGGGGUCCAGCAGCGGCGGCAGAGGGUGGGCACCCGCGGGUGCUGCUCCGAGCGCUUCGAGGUGGCCACGCUGCUCUAGGGACCCCCGGCACCCCCCGGGGGAAGGGAUGAGCGGGGGGGGGGGAAUAAAGAGGCGUG